AUGCUACUAUGGAUCUCGCCUGAAGACGGCCUCGAGUGGUUUCACACGGGCGACGAAGGCUUCAUCGAUCUGGAUGGCUUCGUCGUCAUCGCGGGCCGCAUCAAGGACAUGAUCAUCCGUGGCGGAGAGAACAUCGCGCCGCUGGAGAUCGAAGAUAGAAUUACCGCUCAUCCCGCGGUGGCCCAAUGUGCUGUUAUCGGUGUCCCUGAUGAGAAGUACGGCGAGCAUAUCGCUGCGUUCGUCGAGCCGUCAGCGCAUGCGCCCAUCCCAUCGGAUGCAGAGCUUCGCGCGUGGGUGGCGCAGACGCUCGCGAGGUUUAAAGCGCCGAAGUAUGUGUUUUGGCUGGGGUCUUGUAAGGAGUUCCGGGCGUGGCCGACGACGGGGAGUGGGAAGCUGCGUAAGCCGGAUCUAAGGAUUAUAGUGGAGUAG